AUGGUAUGUGGAGUUAAAUCGGAGAAGCAAUAAGAAAGCAGCAAAUAUCCAAUAUUUGGUGUGAGGUGACCCUGACCCAUAAUUAUUUGGUUGAAUUUCAAACUCCUUAAAAGGAAGUAAUUACUCAUAAGUUGAUUGAUCAUAUUGGUUUCAAAAUGACCAGCCGAAUAAAAUCCGGAGCAAGCAGGAUUGAGGUUGAAAUAGAGAGAAACAGAGAAGAGUCCAACUGGUUGAAAGUUAUAGAACUUGCAGAGCAAUUGAAAGAAAAAUCACCAGAUUUCUUAUGCCUUUCAGACUUCCUAAUUGGUGAAGGGAAGUUAGAAAACUUUUUGGAGGAAUGGCCUCCCUUAGAAAUAAACAUGAAUCGAGCUAAACUUGGGUUAAUAGAUGCAAAACGAUAUCUCAAUUUAGUGAUAACAGAAGCAGGGAUAAAGGCAGGAGUUGCAAUGGAUGCUCAUUUACUACUAGGAAAAUUACAGUAUGCAUGUGGGCAAUAUUCGGACGGGCUGAAACAUUUUCAAAUGGCAGACUUGCAAAAGUUGACAGAAAAAAAAUUACCUCUGAGAAGUUUGAAAAUUAUUGCUGAGUCAUAUGCAAUCAAAGCCCUCUGUCUACAAAAAGAUGAUACAGCUUCUAGUAAAUUCAAGAAGCUGGAGAAACAAGAAGAGAUGUCAAAAUGCUUUGAUUUGGCUUCAGACCUCAGUCUUUUGUACAUGCAAAAACUAGAAAAAGAAUUAAUUUCCACAAUACCAAGUUCAAAUACAGGAAGUCAUUCACCUCAACCCCAUGCAGCCCAUAAAUCCCUUGGAGAGGUCUUAGAACAAGCUAUUCAAUUAGCCCCCAUAAUUUUCCUCCAAAACGACAAGGCCGAAGCGGCAUUAGAGAGAUACAGAAAUUCUCUUUGUGCGAUCGAAUCGCAUGGUGUUCAGAAUAUUCGACUGAAAUUCUUGUGUCAAAUGGCCGAGUUACUUUUACAAGGUUUGGUGGGAGAGAAGUAUAAACCCCCAUUGAAUUCUACGAUGAAAAGUUCGGUUUGGAAACCAAAGUAUUAUGCAUCAUUGAAUCAGUUCAUUCCAAGAAAUCAAUGUGAAGAAACUAUACUAUUACUGCUAGUAGCCGAAUCGAUGGCCGUACGUAACACAGUCCUGUCUCAAUCUCCGGAGUUCCGAGAUAUUAGAUUGAGUGCAUAUCAAGAUGCAGUUAUGGUAUACGAUCUCUUGACAGUGGCUACAGUGCGAUGGGGACAAAUAAGUCUCUUACAAGAAUCACUAGAGCGAGCACUGAAAUUUACUUUUGAAGAAUCCCACCUCUGGAAGCAGCAUGCACUUAGUCUUCUUGCUAUCAACAGAUACGAACAUGCCUUGGCAGUACUGAAAGAAGUUAUUCGGCUGGAAAAAAAUGACCCCAGCAACUGUCUUUUGGCAGCCAAGUUGUGCUAUGAACAUCUGAAUUUGGCAGUGGAAGGUACUAAUUUUAGUAUGGAAGCAAGAGAGAGAGCCUUCACUUCACCUUCAGGGCUCAUCGGUAGAAGUCAUAUGUAUAUUGGUAUAGGUUAUCAUUUACAAGCGGAAGCCGUUCAACUUCGGAGAGAAAAAGAUAUUUUGCGACAAACAGCUCUAGAUAACUUCAGAACCUCUGUAGAACUAGAACCGAACGACCACCUCUGCAGAUACUAUUUAGGCCUUCAGUUAGCUAUCUGUGGUCACAUUUCCGAAGCCCAACAGCACAUCCGAAUAGGUCUGGACAUCCAUCCAGAGCAUUCUUCCACUUUGCACCUAUUAGUAUUACUCUUAACUGCAGAAAGGCAACAUAAAAGUGCCCUUUUGGUCGUUGAAAAUGCCCUGGAAGAGUAUCCAGAUUGUCUCAAUCUUAUGUAUGUGAAGGCUUAUUUGGAAUUACAUGAGAAAGGAGGCGAGAAAGCCCUAGUUACGGCCAAACAAAUGUUGGAACUUUGGAAAAAUUUAUAUGAAGGUCAAACUAUUUCAGAUGUGCCAGAAUGUGAUAGAAAAAGUGACACUAGGUCAGUCUUCCAGUUAUAUACCUCUGAAAUGUCAGACAAAGAUUCAAGUUCCUUACACCUACACAAUACCGCUGCAUCGAGAGUGGAGCAAGCUUUGAGCGAGGUUGCCAGUUCUAUGAGCAGUUUCAGUCCCAGACCUGGUCCACAUAGAGCAUGGUUGCUGCAAGUGGAGAUAUGGCUGCUGCUCGCUGAGUUGUACCUGGCCCUGGAUCAGCCUGCUGAUGUUCAAAUGUGCAUUCAGGAGGCUACCCAAAUUUAUCCAUUGAGUCACCACAUAAUGCAUAUGAAAGGACUUUUACACAUGUACAAACAAGAAUGGUCUGAUGCCAAACUGUGCUUCCAAAAUGCUUGCGCCAUCAAUCCUCAACAUGUCAAGUCUCUGCAACAACUGGGACUUGUUUACCAUUAUCUAGGUCUACAAGGGCUUGCCGAAACUACAUUGAGAGAAGCUGCCAAAAUUGAACCAAAAAACCACAUCACCUGGUACAAUUUGGGUAAGGUCUUUGAAGCACUAGGAGAAUUUGAGAAAGCUAGCAAUGCAAUGGCAACAGCUCUUCUGGAAGAAAAGAAUAGCCCUAUACUACCGUAUCAUUCAGUUCCAUUAUGUUUUGAAUAAUACAUUUCCCACAAACAUCUCUAGUACCGUACUGGGCAUAAGGUGCAACCAAGCUAUUUUAUGGUAAAUUGGUAUUUGAUAUUACUCAGAGGUGAUAGGUGAAAAAAACCAAAAAAAACUGAAUUAUUUUAGUUUUCAUAAAAGUGGUACUUGAAUUACCUUUCGACUGUGGUGGAAUGAUGCACGGUGUGAUGAGGAUUUGUGGCGUUGUUUAAAAUGUAUAUUCCAUUCCAUAUUCGUUGAAGUG